AUGGGGAACGAGACGCUGGACGUCCUGCUCCUGGAGCCACUGCAGGUCACCCCUCGGACCUCCGUCCCCGCCUUCGUCCUCCUCCUCGUCAUCUACGUCUUCAUCGUGGCGUCCAACCUGGGCCUGGUGGCGCUGGUGUGCGCGGAGAGGAGCCUCCAUCAGCCCAUGUACCUGCUGCUGUGCAACAUGAGCGUCAACGACGUGCUGGGGGCGACCGUCGUGGUGCCGCACGUGCUCAGGGACCUGGCCCGGGUCGGCUCGGAGCGGCGGAUCCGCUACACGGACUGCGCCCUGCAGGCGUUCUGCGUCCACCUCCACGCCAGCGUCUCCCACACGGUGCUCAUGGCCAUGGCCUUCGACCGCUACGUGGCCAUCUGCAGCCCGCUCCGCUACGCCGCCGUCAUGACCCGCGGGGCGGUCCUGAGGCUGUCGGCCGCCGCCUGGGGGUCGGCGCUGGUCCUGGUGGCCGUCCUGGUGGGUCUGAGCGUGCGACUGUCCCGCUGCCGGCGCCUGGUCUCCAACCCGUUCUGCGACAACGCCUCGCUCUUCAAGCUGUCCUGCGAGAGCGUCCUGGUCAACAACAUCUACGGCCUGGGCUACACCGUCCUGCUGCUCGGGUCCUCCAUUAGCAGCGUCACGCUCACCUACGUGCGCAUCGCCGCCGUGUGCCUGCGCAGCCGCAACAAGGCGCUGAACGGCCGCGCGCUGCAGACCUGCGCCACGCACCUGGCCGUCUACGCCGUGCUGCUCGCGUCCGCCUUCAUCAUCGUCGUCCUCCACCGCUUCCCGCAGCUGUCCGGCCACCGGAAGGUGGCGUCGGUCGUCGGCCACGUUGCCCUGCCCACACUCGACGUUCUGAUCUACGGCCUGCAGAUUAGAGAGGUCCGGCAGAGGCUGGCGGGCCUGAUCCAGAACAGCAAGAGGGCUUUGAUGAAGUGA